AUGGACCUCGUUCGAUUGGGAGAGAAGAGUCUCCUUUCACCUCAACGAAGAAGGAAAUGGCUGAUGAUCCUCAUCGCGAUCUCCGGCGUUUCCGGCUACGGACUCCGCAAGCUUUACCAUUCACCAUCCCUCGCCGCCAAGAGGAAACGCCUCGCGAAGAUAUUCACAGCUAUCUUCUCCGUAGCCGAAUUGAUCUCCGACUCCGCCGAGACCGUGUCCCUCGUCUCUCGCGACUUGAAAACAUUCCUCGAUUCCGAUUCCGAUCAAUUCCCAAACACCUUGAAACAGAUCGCUAAGAUCUUCAAGUCCAACGAGUUAACGGAUUCUCUCUCUAAGGCCUCUCAGGCCAUCACGAUCGGUGUCUCUCGUGGCUGCGAUUCAGAUUCGGGACCAAGUGUUGUUGAUAGAGUGAUCGAUAAGGCCUUAGGAUCUGGUUUCGUAUCUGUUGUUGUUGUUGGUAGCUUCGCCAAGAAUCUCGUUCUUGGACUUUACUCUAACGAGAACGGUGUGGAGUGUGAUUCUGAUUCUGAUUCUGAUUGGGUGAGCUUGCUUUGCGAUGACAAGUGUAGAGAGCUUUUAGCUGAUUGCAUCCAGAGAUUCACCAGCACUGCGGUCUCUGUCUAUCUCGUGAAGACCAUGGACAUCAACGCUUACGAUCAGAUCUUCCAGGGCUUGACUAAUCCCAAACAUCAGGAUAGUGUUAAAGACGUUCUUGUUUCGGUUUGUAACGGUGCUCUCCAGACUCUCGUCAAGACCUCUCAUGAGGUCUUUACUCCAAGGUCUAGUGCCGUGAUAGUAGAAGAAGAAGAAGACGAGUUCAAGAGUAGUAACGGUUGGAGUGAUGUAGCGGUUCCAAGCGACCAAAGGUUUAUGUUAGAUGUAACGGGGAGAGUAACACUAGAAACUGCGAGAUCAAUCAUGGGAUUCAUAAUGAUGAAUAUACUAGAAUGGUUUAGAAGAAGCUUUGAAGUGGUUAAGGAAGAGGUUAUAGAGAGAGGACGACAAGUAGUUAGAUAUGUUGGUGCUAAAUCUUCUGUUAUAGUCACGUUAUGCCUCGCGUUGUACUUGCACAUCAUCAUAAGUGGUUUUGUUCCGAGUUCUCCUAUUGGCGUUAGCCAUCAUUUUUAAGUCUAUUGGUUAGGUUAUUAUUGUGUAUGUGCACAAACUGAUUCUUAUUGAUGGGAAACAUAUAUAAAUUGGUAAGGUUAUUGUGACA